AUGUUGCGCGCAAUUCUGACGGACAAGAACUUAGAAUCGAACCAAGCACAUGUGACCAGGUUGAACACGCACGUGGUUUCACGUCCGAAUAUUAUCUCCUCGUUCUCAUCUUCGGAGCUUCCCAAUUGCGUCUCGGUUCGUCCCCGACCCAGGGACACAUACCAAGCCAACUCUGACAUCCGCAUCGCGGACGACCUGCGGGCUGCCACAACGAUCACCCGGAUGGGUGGCUGUGCACGCUGGAGCUGCGGCUGCGUCAUCGACGUCACUCGGGACGGUAUAAAUACCCUCCCCGGUGCUGCGCCCAUACCUCACAUCUACGACCGAAACGACCAUAUACCGACCGCACAUACCAUGUCCCCCACACAGCUUGCCGCCCCCACCGCGCCCCGCGACACGCGCGUGGAGUUGACGUACCCGCCUCCCGCACACACGGGCUCGGCGAAGGUGACGGAGCAGCCGGCGCCGGUGCCGACGAUGGGCCUCGGUGCGCUGCGCACGACAGAUGAGGGCAGAUCGGAACGGCUGCGGGGCGGAUGCAUUCCAUGUCCAGAUGGAGGAUGCUGUUUUAUCAUACCGCUGCCUUGCUGCUGUUGAGCACGCACACCUUGCACGGCCACGCAUUCGACACACAUUUCACUCGCAUUUUCUAUUUUGUAUAUUCCUCAUGGACUCGUCGAUAUUAUCGUCUUAAUGAACAUCCACUGUAUGACCA